GGAAAGGAAAGGAACCUUUUCAAUUAUUUGCUCUGUUUCCUACAUUGGUUUCUUUUUAUAGAUCUCCAACAAAAUGACAGAACCAACAGCACGAAAACCUUUGAUACCACUACCAUUAUCUUCUCGAAAGCUUCCUGACUUCAAACAGUCCAUUAAACUGAAGUAUGUAAAGCUUGGGUACCAUUACCUCAUCACCCAUGGAAUGUUCCUCUUCUUAUCCCCUCUUGUGGUUCUCAUAGCAGCUCAGCUCUCCACAUUCUCAGUUCAAGACCUCCUUGAUCUCUGGAACCAUCUUCAAUUCAACCUCGUUUCUGUGAUCCUCUGCUCCACUCUUCUUGUUUUCCUCUCUACUCUCUACUUCCUCACCCGACCUCGACCUGUUUAUCUCGUGAAUUUCUCUUGUUACAAGCCAGAAGAUGCUCGGAAAUGCUCAAGGCAGAUCUUUAUGGAGUGUUCAGUGUCAACAGGGACGUUUACUGAGGAGAACCUUGAGUUUCAACGAAAGAUACUUGAAAGAUCAGGUCUUGGUGAAUCAACCUACCUACCUGAAGCUGUUAUCAGAGUUCCCCCAAACCCAUGCAUGGCUGAGGCUAGAAAAGAAGCAGAGAUGGUGAUGUUUGGUGCGCUGGAUGAGCUCUUCGCCAAGACUAAUCUGAAGCCCAAAGAUAUUGGUAUCUUGAUUGUCAAUUGUAGCUUAUUUAAUCCAACUCCUUCUCUUUCUGCCAUGGUGAUCAACCAUUACAAGCUCAGAGGGAACAUAAUUAGCUACAAUCUUGGUGGGAUGGGUUGCAGUGCUGGUUUGAUAUCUAUCGACCUUGCAAAACAUCUUCUUCAAGUCCACCCCAACUCGUAUGCUUUGGUAAUCAGCAUGGAGAACAUCACAUUAAACUGGUACUUUGGGAAUGAUCGAUCAAUGCUUGUUUCGAAUUGCUUGUUCCGAAUGGGAGGGGCUGCAAUCUUGCUCUCAAACAAGAGAUCUGAUAGAAGAAGAUCCAAAUACCAAUUGGUCCAUACAGUCCGAACUCACAAAGGUGCUGAUGACAAGUGCUUCUCCUGUGUUACCCAGGAAGAGGAUUCAACAGGGAGAAUUGGAGUUUCUCUAUCAAAGGAUCUCAUGGCAGUUGCAGGGGAUGCUCUGAAGACCAACAUCACCACACUGGGUCCUCUUGUUCUGCCAAUGUCUGAACAGUUGCUUUUCUUUGCUACAUUGGUUGGGAGGAAGCUUCUCAAGAUAAAGAUCAAACCUUACAUUCCAGACUUCAAAUUGGCCUUUGAGCAUUUCUGCAUCCAUGCAGGAGGAAGAGCUGUAUUGGAUGAAUUGGAGAAGAACUUGCAGCUCUCAGAUUGGCAUAUGGAGCCAUCUAGGAUGACUCUAUACCGAUUUGGUAACACCUCUAGCAGUUCUCUUUGGUAUGAAUUGGCCUAUUCAGAGUCCAAGGGAAGGAUUAAGAGAGGAGAUAGAACAUGGCAGAUAGCUUUCGGUUCUGGGUUCAAGUGUAACAGUGCAGUGUGGAAGGCUCUGAGGACAAUAAACCCGGCAAAGGAGAAGAACCCAUGGAUGGAUGAGAUUGAUCAGUUCCCUGUGAUUGUUCCAAAGGUUGCUCGUGUCUAGAUUGCCAAUUGGUUUUUCCCCAAUCAAUUGUUGUGGUACUGUUGUGGAUGUUUCAGUGGUGAAUUCCCUUUUGUGUUUUUUAGUCUGUUCUUGGUUGUGUACUAUUUAGGUAGCUUUAGUUAUAGAUGAAAGAGAGGUUAAUUCAGUUG